ACUACUCCCCAUACUUUUCAACCUUUAUUCUCUAUCUAACUUUCCUAUUGCACAAAUAUCUGUGUCCGAGAACUCCAUUUGCAGGACCCAAAAACACAGAGCUGAGAUUAAAGGAGCUGCAGCUGUAACAAACAUGGCAUUUGAGCAAUAUUUUAUGCAGGAAUGGAAGUCCCUACCUUCUGUAGCAAAAGACUCUGAAAAGACUUCUCCUUGCUUUGAUUGCAGUAUCUGUUUGGACUUCGCCCGUGACCCUGUUGUUACUCUUUGUGGCCAUCUCUAUUGUUGGCCCUGCAUCUACAAGUGGUUUCAGAGUGCUUCACUUGAAUCAGACCAGCACCUGCCCAGAUGCCCAGUUUGCAAGACCGAAAUCUCCGAUAAAACCAUGGUUCCUUUAUAUGGCCGCGGCCAAUGCCUCUCUGAAACUGAAGACAAGGGCGAGAACAUCCCUCCUAGGCCACCAGCUCGUUCCACGCAAGAUCUAUACAAUUCCUCCGAUCCUUAUCCCGGUAACGAAGGAGAUCCUUCGUCUCAGUUCGAUCUUUCACAUCCCGGGAUAGGGAUGUAUGGAGAGAUGGUUUAUGCUAGAGUUUUUGGUAAUUCAGAGAGUUUAUACUGGUAUCCUAACUCGUACCACUUAGUGGGAAAUAGUUCCCCUAGAUUAAGAAGGCAGCAAUUACAGGCUAAUAAAUCUCUCAAUAGAAUUUCGAUUUUCCUCUUCUGCUGUUAUCUUUUGUGCCUUCUCCUAUUUUAGUCUUAGGAAUUUCUGCUGCCCCUUUAUGUUACAUGUAUAAAGUUUGCAUGAUUUAUAUAAUAGCUAUUGAUACACAAAGAGUAUUCAGAUCUACACUUAUUUGACUGAA